CUCAAGCUCUCGGAAUUGCUCCAGUCCGUUGUGUUCCUCCUUUUCAAAUACCCGGAUCUCAAGACCCACUGUGUGCAAGAAGCCAUGACCAACCUGAUCAACCGAGUGCGAGAUGUCAAUGCGCACAGCGGAUCCUCGGAAGGCCGCAAACGAUUCAGUGAAAUAUUUCGGGAUCUGGAUGCCUUAGAGAUAAACAUCGGCAAUGAAACGGUGGACAUGUUUCUGAAUGAUACCGGAACUCCAAACUCUGAGACCCAACCGGAUGAGGAAGAAGAGCCUCUGAUCAGCACUCCUCUGGAACUGUUGCGGGCCGAAUGUGACAGAGAUGGGGUGGUCAAAUCCACGGAAGAAGCAGAUGAAAUUCUCAUCCAUAGUGAAGGAGGAGUAGAAUCCGCCCUGAACUACGCCAAGCGCUGGUGUAAAUAUGUCCGGGAAGUGCUGGGUUACAUCGAGAAGAGACUCAGCUACGAAUCUGAAUACGCCAAGAACACCAUCAGGUUAUGUGAGUCUGCGCGGAGCGUCCUGGGCCAGCAGCAGUGCAUGCCUUUACAAGAUGUCUACCUCCUCCUUCUGGACCACGAAACCCACACGGGAACCUCAGCUCUUGAAACAGUGGCUAAGCUACAGAUGAAGCAGUAUUGCCUGCCUCUGUCAGCAAAGAAGACGGAGAUUGAGAAGUGGCGGAAGGAGUUUCGGGAGCAGUGGUUAAGGGAACAGAAAAGAAUGUCAGACACCCUGAGCUCACUGCGCAAGGCUCGGCAACAAUACGUACAACGCUGCGAAGACCUGGAGAAAGCCAAGCAGCUAAGUGCCAAGGUUGAGGAGGAGCAGAACAUGGGAGGCCACCAAGGAAGUGCCAGUAAACUGCUGGAGAAACGCAGGAGAUCCCGAGAGGAGGCCCAGACCAAGGCGCAAGAGGCUGAGGUCCUCUACCGAUCCUGUGUGUCCGAAGCAAACUGCCGGAGUGAGCAGCAGGAGAAGGUCCGCCAGAGAAUUAUAUCCCACAUCAGGAAACUCAUUAACCAGGGGGACCAGGUGCUGAAAGAGGUGACCCAGAAUCUGAUGCGUACGAAGGGAACACAGUGUGCAUCUAUCCCCGAAGGCUACGGACACCUGCUCAACACUUGUGAGCCUUAUGAAGCUGGAGACCGAUAUCUUCAGUUCAUCGUGAGCCUGCCACGCAAGCAUACUGAGCCGGAAAAAUUCUCCUUCCAGGAGUACAUCCCUGCAGGCCAGAGGUCAUCCCCGGGUGGCAAAAGGAAGAAUGCCGUGCAGCUGGUCAGAGUGUCUUCUUCUUUGUCUGACCUGUGUGUCAAGACCGAUGAUAUGACAAGGAUGUCUGCAGGUGAACGAGGCUCAUGGGGAAGCAAGAGUUUUCCCAAUGACUCUGAAAGUAUUGGAGGCAGCAGUGAGCCCAGGUCGCUGGAAUCGCCAAUAGAGAGCCCAGUCCACUUUAUCAAAAAAGUUGCCAAGGCCUCUUCCACGGGGACCAUGUCUUCUGAUGACCCAGAUGAACGAGAUUCCUUUCACGCAGAGGACGUUGACUCUGUUGACGCCGCGUCUGAGAACGGCUUCCCGCUGCCGAGCUCCGUCAUGUCACCAGCCGCCCAAAGCCACCGACUUCGACGUACCAGAGUGCCGACCAAGUGUAGGGAGUGUGAAGGUUUCAUGGUCUCUGGUGUGGAGUGUGAGGAGUGCUAUAUGACUUGUCACAAGAAAUGUCUGGAAGGUUUGCUCAUCAAAUGCGGUCACAAUAAACUGCCCAACAAAGUGCCUUUAUUCGGUGUGGACUUCUGCAAUUUCCCGAGAUACUUCCCAGAAGAAGUGCCCUUCAUCAUAAGCAAAUGCACGGCUGAGAUCGAGAUGAGGGCGUUGGGGCAGCAGGGUCUGUACCGUAUCAGUGGAGCCAAAGCCCGGGUGGAGAAACUCCUGCAGGCCUUUGAGAAUGGACGCGAGCUAGUGGACUUGUCGGGGCAUUCGCCACAUGACAUCACCAGCGCCCUCAAACACUUUCUCAAAGAGCUCCCGGACUCUGUGGUCUCCCAUCGCCUGUAUGAAGAAUUUAUGGAGUUCUCAAAGGAUUUCCUGGACGAGAGGAAGGAGCCGGAGAAUCAACACGAGGCCAUUCAACGUAUGAAGAGCAUUCUUUGCCGACUCCCACCUAGUAACUACAAUACACUCCGCCACCUAACGGCGCACCUCUAUCGUGUUUCAGGGAGGUUCGAGGAGAACAAAAUGAACCCUAAUAACCUGGGAAUUAUCUUCGGCCCGACGCUGAUCCGUCCAUCUCCCGGGCUGGACAAGCCCAUGACCUGCCUGCUGGACUCCGGCUACCAGGCACAAGCCGUCGAAUUUCUUAUCAACAACUACGAGAAACUUUUUGGGAUGGACGAGCUUCCCGUAUCUGGCCGCCAGGAGACAGCAGAGGAGCCGUCCGAGGCAGAUAUGGAUGAGUUACUAGUGGCAGAGAUAAAGGCUUUGCCUCCAUCAACACCUGUGCAGAGGCGCCUGGGAGAGUUACAUGUGGCUGCUUCUGAGAUUCUGUUGAGGGCCCACUGCCCUGUCAUCCUGGAUAGCUAUGUAGAUGGGCGAACCGGUGAUGAAGUCUCCCAGGAAGGAGAAGACUCAGAAGUUUCAAAUACAGCUUACUCCAGGGGUCACUUCAGCCGUCUGCCAGUGAAAUCAGCUCGAGGAGAACCGAUUCGAUGGUCCGAUGACCCCGCCUCCUGUCAUGGCUCCAAUCAGCACCUCAUCUGCUCACAGACCCCGCCUCCUGCCACGGCUUUAAUCAGCUCCUCUGCCUUCUCACAGACCCCACCUCCUGUCAUGGCUCCAAUCAGCACCUCUGCUUCUCACAGACCCGGCCUCCUGCCAUGGCCCUCCCCUGUGACGUGA